CGCUUGCAGCCGCACAAAUCAAAGCAAGCCACGAAACCAAACCAAGCAAGCAAGCCAAGACACCACUCACCGCCACUCCACCACGCGCCGCCACCAACGACGAUGGCUCGUAUUGUGCGAAACCCAAGGCGCUUCUACCGCAACCCGUUCCUGAACCACAGUGGGGAGGAGCUGGAGCAAGCUGUGUCGUCGCCGGAUGCACUGCAAACGCUGGGUCCCGCUGCACUGUCCAGGCUUGUCGAAAGGCUGAUUCUGCCACAGUUUGUGCUGGAUGGGGAAGGGCGAGGAACGGAAGCGAGCCGAUAUGGCAGUGUGUAUGUGGGCAUGGCCGGCCUUGCACUGCUGUUGUUCGACAUGGGCAUAACUGCAAGAGAAUCGGAGGAACAGGUGAAGGAGGUGGGUGAUGAGGAAAGGCCGGUCUUCGGUGAUGGCAACUCCAGCUUUGACUACUGGCAGCGCGCCGCUGAUAUUGUGCCGCAAGCCCUCGAACGCAUCAGCCCGCGUCGACUGGCCUCGUUUCUCGAGGGCCGCGCCGGCUGCUAUGCGCUGCACGCGGCAACCAUGCACCGACUGGGAAGCGCGGCCGCGGCCGAGGCGUCGGCAAAGCAGCUGUGCAACUUGUGGGAUAAGGGUGAGGAGGCUCAACAAGUGCGCACCGAUGAGCAGCCAGACGGCCACCACCAUCAUCAUCACCAACACCAGCACCGCCAUCGACACACCGUGCCCGUUUCAGAAAUGGCCCCGGGGGAGUGUGAGCUCUUGUAUGGACGAGCAGGGUACCUGUAUGCUCUGCUGUUCGUUCACAAGCACUGCAGCGGCGGCAGCGGCGAGGUCGAGGGAGUGCACCUGAUUUCUGAAGGCCUGGUGAGGGCUGUUGUGCACGCCAUUAUCCAGGAAGGCGCGCGCAACGGCUCGCGCGAUGACGCACCAUUCGUCCUGACGUACUUCUGGCACGACUCACUCUACCUCGGCGCUGCGCACGGCAUUGCGGGCAUCCUGUUGACGCUGCUGCAAGCGCGGGAGAUGUUCCCUGGCGCCGUGACCGACGACGAGCUUGUGCUCAUCCUGAGCACCGCCACGCAGCUGGCGCGCUACCGCUUUCGCAACGGAAACUACCCCUCGUCCUACGGAAGCGACAAGGACGACAAGGUGCAGUGGUGCCACGGCGCACCGGGUGUGAUUCCCCUCCUUCUCCGCGUGGCCCGCGACAUUGCCACGUGCCCUCCACACGUGCUGGAGCAAGCCGACGUGCUUCGCCCUGCAGAGUACGUGCGCAUUGCGCAGGCAGCUGCCGACCUUGUGUGGAAGCAGGGCGUGCUUCUCAAGGGCCUGGGCCUGUGCCACGGUGUUGGCGGGAACGGCCUGGCUCUGCUUGCCAUGUACCGCGAGACAGGGCAGCCCAUCUACCUCCACCGCGCACGUGCAUUCGCCCACGUUGGUCUGAAGAGCCAGGAGCAGAUGCUGCUUGUCCCUGACCGGCCAUACUCGCUGUUUGAAGGCGCGGGUGGCCUUGCUGCCCUUAUGCUCGCCCUUCAGUCCCCUCAGCGCGCUCACUUCCCCGCAUACGAACUCUGACUUUGGGGUGCAUGCGCUGGUGGCGCAACUGACCCGUCAGCCGCUGCCACACGGAGUCACUUUUCGUUCCUCUUCUUGUGUUUGCUUGUUGUUGGUUGGUGUCCAGUGGCGGGCACGUGGUAACUGUCCUUGCGUCGUCUUCAUCGACGUGUCGAUGGUCCACAAACCGUAUCACCGUAACAUAUCCUCCUGCUCUCUUUGCUUCCGUCAUCAC